CUUUCAGGUGCUGAGAUGCGAGCUGGAACAGGAAGCAGGUAAGAAGUAUUUAUUUUGCCUGCUUAUUCGUAAAUGAGUUAAGUUGGCUUGGUGGUCUGCAUCAAAGAAUCUCAUUUAGAGGAUAAGCACAGAGAGGAAAACGGCUUACCAACUGCAAAAGUGAAACAUGAAGUCAGUAUUUCAAGUAUCACACGGUCAUGGAGGAUGACACAUUCAGAAGACGGAACGCUAUAAUAAACCAGGCUUUGAGGAAAUGCUAUCUUUACUCUGACAAGAGGUGUUACAAUGAAUAAUAACUAUUCUCUUCUUGAUCAGACUUGGGGGGACAACUACUUGGAGCAGAGGGCUAACCACCACAGGACGAGAUAAGCCUCUGCGGAGGUCAAGAUGUCACAAAAUCCUGUUUCAUCAAAAGCUGAAGGAAUUUUAUGUAGGUCAUGGAGAAAAAUGUACUUUGGAUGGAAGAAAAUCAAUGAAAGGAAGCAAGAGAGAGACUUACUUUAUAUGCGUCAGCAAAAAAGGAUAGCGGAAACUCCUUUAUUUAAGGCUGCCAAGGAGAAUGACAUCCACACCCUCAAAAUGCUGCUUGAGUGUUCCACCACUGAUCCCUUCAUACGAGGUGCCCUGGGUGAGACAGCAUUACAUAUUGCUGCGCAGUUCAACAGCUAUGAAGCAGCCCUUGUACUGUUGAACACUGUACCAGACCUUAUUAAUGAACCAAUGAAGUCUGAAUUAUAUAAUGGGCAGACUGCAUUGCACAUUGCUGUGGUGAAUAAAAAUGUGAACCUUGUGAAACAGCUGCUACAAAUGGGGGCUGAUGCAAUUACACCUCGAGCAACUGGAACAUUCUUCCAAAGGAGUCCAGGCAAUAUCAUUUACUAUGGUGAACAUGUCCUGUCCUUUGCUGCUUGUGCAGGGAAUGAAGAGAUUGUUCGACUCAUCAUUCAAGAGGGUGCCUGUAUCACCACAAAAGAUUCUCUAGGAAACACAGUGUUUCACAUCCUGGUUCUUCAGCCCAACAAGAAUAGUAGCUCAGUGAUGUAUGAUAUACUCAUGGCAUAUGAUAAGAAAGAAAAUGGAAUUCCUGCUGAUCAAAUACCCAAUAACGAGGGACUAACCCCCUUCAAACUAUCAGCCAAGGAAGGAAAUCUGGUGAUGUUUCAACAUUUAUUGCAGAAGAUGAAACAGGUCCAGUGGUCAUAUGGAUCAUUGAAUUCCACCCUUUAUGACAUCACAGAAAUAGACACUUGUGGGCAUGACUUCUCUGUUUUGGAGCUAGUUCUAACAACUGAAAAGAAGGAGGCUCAUCACAUCAUAGACAUGACACCAGUAAAAGAACUUGUGGGACUAAAGUGGCACCAACAUGGGAAGCACUACUUCAGAUUGUUCUGCAUAUUGUACCUGAUUUACAUCUCUCUUUUUACUGCCUGCUGUAUCAACCGUCCACUUAUGCCACGUACUGACAAUGCCACAGAUCCAUCCGAUUUAACCAUCUUUGUAAAAAGGCCACUGCAGGAGUGUUACAAAACAAAAGAAGACUACACACGACUGGUAGGUGAAAUCAUCAGCGUCAUUGGUGCAGUACUUAUAAUUCUAAUCGAGGUUCCUGAUGUUCUUCGAUUUGGUAUGAAGAUUUACUUUUGGAAAUCUCCCAUAGGCGGCCCAUUUCAUUGUAUUGGCAUGUGCUAUGCUUGUCUGGUUCUCAUUACUCUGAUCCUAAGACUGACCAGCACAGAAGGUGAGGAUGUGUCUAUGUCUAUGGCCUUGGUCCUGGGAUGGAUGUAUACCUUGUACUUUGCACGUGGAUUCAAGCUACUGGGCCCUUACGCCAUCAUGAUUCAUAAGAUAUUAUUCACAGAUGUGAUCCAGUUUAUAUGGAUUAUGGUCUUCAUAACACUUGGCUACACAGCAGCUUUUCAGGUUAUAUUUGCAACACAAAACCCAACAGGCAUUCCUGCUUUUGCUUACUUCUCCAUGGCUUUGCAGAGUACAUACUACCUCUUUUUGAAUGUGCUGAAUGUACCCACAAAUUAUCAAAUGACUCUACCGAACAUGUAUGUCAUUACCUAUACAACGUUUGCUUUGCUCUGCCCAGUGGUAUUACUCAACCUCCUCAUAGCCAUGAUGGCCGACACAUACUUUAGAGUAAUGAAGGCACAAGAACAGCUAUGGAGAGUUCAGGUGGUUGCCACGACUGUUUUGCUGGAACGCAAAAUGCCAAAAUUCCUAUGGCCACGGACUGGGAUUUGUGGUAAAGAGUAUGGCUUAGGAGAUCACUGGUAUCUGAGGAUAGAAGAAAAGAAAGAUUUAUCAGUGAAUAACAUUCGUCCAUAUGUUGAAGCAAUUUCCAACUCUCAAAGCAGCAUUAAGGCAAAAGAAAAACUGUCUGAGUCUCCGAGUCAAAACUCACAGUUGUCAAAAACGUUCAGCAUAUCACAAUCUGGUAAUGGUAAUGUUCCGGAGUCACAGAGUGUAACCAUUCCAGACUGUCAAGGCACAAGUGAACUAAAAGUUACAAACUUAAAUUAUUCACAGCCACCAAAUGUGAAUUUAAAAGUUCCACAAAACUUAACCAGAAAAGGAGCUAAGCGUAAUUUUUCCCGUGGCUGGGAAGUUAUCCGUCUUGCUACUGUGAAUAAGACAUUGUGGGAAUCAAAUUCCAAAAAUGAAGAAGUAGUGUAUCACAUCUGAACAAUUCUGUGGUGAUAUCACAUGUUUUAUUUCAUGUUUAAUAUGGAACUCAGGGAGCAAUUGCACUUUUUACUGUAAGUCUUCAAAACAAUUCAGAUGUUCAACCAUGCCAGCAAGCAACGCAAGGCACUGUUACAUUUGUGUUGCUGUACUACAUAGACAUGGGCUACAGAUGUUGUUAGUCAUGUUAUUAAAAUACAAACAGAAAUAAGCUGAAGCAAAAGAUACUUAUAUGAAGAAUACCUUUGCAAAAAUGUGUGCUUUAACCAACUACUCAUAGGCAUACAAAUCCAUUGUUAAUAAAUCAGUUUAAAACAUGUCAUCUGGUAGAGAAGCAUUGCUCUUAUUAAGAUAGUAACAAAAACUGUGCAUUACAGGUUCUUGCACAGAGGGAUGAAGACCUGAGUCCAAACCAGUUGACUCGAUGUCAUCUAGUAUCCAGGGCACUAAAGAAGCUGUCAGGUAGGGUUGGAGUAAGUAGCUUAUGGCACCUCACCCACUACAUGACACAGGAAGCAGAGAGAUGCAAAUGAGGGCCUGGAUGUGGAAGACCAGCAAACAACAUGGUUCAUAGGUUCAUAGGUUCAUAGGUUCAUACUAGGCUAUCUGCCCAAGGGCAUUUAUAAGCCUAGCCCAU